CCACACGUGACACUCCCUUUAGGGGCCGCUGUUUUUGUGACCUACUUUCUCACAACACGUGGCUGCCAGUCUUCUAACUCCUUGGCCAAUCAGCGGCGACUACGGGUUGUGAGAGUCCCCGCCCCCUGCGGCGUUUGAGGAAAUGGAAGCGCUAGCUGAUUGGCUGUCGCCUUGUCCCAGGCCAGGUGCCGGGGAGACAGACAUGUGGGUUGGAGGAGGGGCACACGUGUGUGAGAGAAAUGUAGCGUCAUUACUUACAUCAGCUCCUCAAGUUCAGCCUCCAGCCCUUCCUCCUGCCACAGUGACAGCUCAAACAGCAGCUUUCAGUCUUCCUCCUCUCUGCCCUCUUCACCAAGUAGCUCUUCAUCUGAGGGUAGUGGUGGUGGGAGCAGUGGAAAUGGCAGUGACAGAAAAACCUCCCUUUCCAAUGAAGGUGUGGCCUGCGGACACAGGGAUUCCAAGAGAAACCAGCAAGUGGACACAUUGUGCAUAAAGACCACCUAUACAAGUGCAGCAGUUUUGACCAAAGGGCAUGGAACAUGUCCAUCUAAAAUCAGUGGUAUGGUCCUUCUGUGCAAAGUAUGUGGAGAUGUGGCAUCUGGCUUCCACUAUGGGGUGCAUGCAUGUGAAGGCUGUAAGGGUUUCUUUCGUAGAAGUAUUCAACAAAAUAUUCAAUAUAAAAAGUGCCUCAAGAAUGAGAGCUGCUCCAUCAUCAGGAUUAACAGAAACCGGUGCCAGCAAUGCCGCUUCAAAAAGUGUUUGUCUGUUGGGAUGUCAAGAGAUGCUGUUCGCUUUGGCCGAAUCCCAAAGCGUGAAAAGCAAAGAAUGUUGAUAGAGAUGCAGACCGUCAUGAAGACUAUGAUGAGCAACCAAUUUAGUGGCUCAUCUCUUCAGGAAACGCUGCCAGACUACCAAGCACCUUCAUCACUACAGCUACCACAUACUGCAUUAGAGAAAAUGGCAUCCAAAACUCAACAUUAUUCAGAAAACAAAGCACUUACUCCUCCUUUACCUCCUUCUCUUCCUCAUCCUCCGCCAGUCAUGUCAAUGGACAUUAGCAAAGAAGAUGUCAUUGGCACAGUGACAGGGGCUCAUAGGGAGACAUUUAUGUAUAACCAGGUGCCUGUGGAAUUUCCAUCUGAAGCAGGGCGACAGCAGGAGGAAAUACAUUCUAAUGUUACACAUCGUAACAAUGACCACAUGAGAAACGGGAUCAUUGCUGCUCAUUGUCCCGUUAAUAAAAGCAAACAGUAUUUAAAUGAGGCCGAUAAUGACAGGAACUUUAUGCACUACCCAAAUGGGCCUGUCAAUUGCUUUUCCAAUGGGCAAAACAUUUCCAGUGGUUGGGGGUGCAUCAGUGAAAAAAUGCUUGAUGUCUCCCAUGUCAAUAGCGUGAACCUUUGCAACAGAGGAAGGAGGAUGCAUCUGGUAUGCCCAAUGAGUAUGACUCCGUUUAUGGACCCCAAUAAAUCAGGAACCCAGAUCUGGGAGGAGUUUUCCAUGAGUUUCACUCCUGCAGUAAAAGAGGUGGUUGAUUUUGCAAAGGGCAUUCCAGGAUUUAAAGACCUAUCACAGCAUGACCAGGUCAACUUGCUGAAGGCUGGAACAUUUGAGGUACUGAUGGUACGAUUUGCGUCAUUGUUUGACGCAAAGGAGCGUACUGUCACCUUUCUUAGUGGGAAGAAGUACAGUGUCGAUGAGUUACGCUUAAUGGGAGCUGGGGAUCUCCUGAACUCUGUCUUUGAAUUUAGCGAGAAACUCAGUGCUCUGCAACUUAGUGAGGAGGAAAUGAGUUUGUUCACAGCAGUUGUCCUGGUGUCUGCUGAUCGAUCUGGUAUUGAAAAUGUAAAUUCGGUUGAAGCACUACAGGAAACGUUGCUCCGUGCACUAAGGACUUUAAUCAUGAGGAACCACCAGAAUGAAGCUUCUACCUUUACCAAGCUCCUCCUGAAGUUACCUGAUCUGCGCUCUCUCAAUAACAUGCACUCUGAAGAACUUCUGGCCUUUAAAAUUCACCCGUAGGCCUCUUAAUGAUUGUUUCACCAUCUCUUUAUGUGAUGUGAUAGAAUAUUGUUAGAUUUAGGCCAAAAACAGGUGGAGGUAAGGCACCCUUUCAAGUGACAAACACUUUUGGUGUUUUAUUUAAAAGCACACUGAGCUUGUGUAACAGGUGUCCACAACCGGUCUGGCAAUGCCAAUGAAAGGUGUUUUCCCUUCUAGUCCUCACACUGACUGCAUUCAUUUAUGGUUGCCCACAUGGCAAAAUGCCAUUCAUUACCCACCACCUCCCUUUUCAAUUAUAUAGGAUUGUAACAUCCCACAGGUUUCAAGAAAAUAUUUUCACACCACUGAAGAACUGUGCUAGUGGUUUUAAUAGGAACUUUAUGAUGUGAAAACGGUAAUGGAAUAAAGGUAUGAAUUUGUUCUUGCACCAAAAAAAAACAAGCCGCUAGCAGUAGAACUGCUGUUAGCGCCGCCAGUAGAGAGUGAAUACGAUGUACUGUACUGCAGGGUUUUUAUACAAACUCUCUUAAUCUUCUAUUUGACUUCUCAGAGUAAUAUAUAGUUUUGUUGUGAAACUCUAUCAUAUUUCUGAAUGCUUUACCAGAUUAUGAUCAUAUGUGCCUCUACUGAAUCUGUAUACUCUUCUGCCGCAGAUACCUGGCACCUGUGAGUAAUUCUUUUUCUAAAUAUAUUUAUGUACAUAAAAUUAUAAAUAUAUCAUCUUUUACCAGUGUGUCCUGAAAAUGUAAAUAUACAUAGUUUAACAGAUAAAUAUAUAUAUAUUGGCUUCCUCACACUAUUUUAACCUGUGAGGGAAGUUGCUACACAAAGCUUGGCUUGAAGAAAUCCAAGGUUUAUAAAGUGUACAAACGAUCCAGAUCUAUUGAUACAUUUACUAACUUUAUUUUUUUAAAUGUUAAAAACUGUUCAUGCUGCAGCAUUUUAUUACACUGAGGUCUCCGGAUACCACUGGGAAGUGCAACGCAUCAGUAUGCAACCUACAUAGUUGCACCUGUAGGGUCAAAAUAGUGGCAGCGGAGAAGAUAACAGCAAUAAUGAUUCCAAGCAAAUAUCCAGAUCCUUCAUUGUAUUGUUUUCAAAGCUAAAUUCAUGGCUUUUUAUUGGCUUUGGAAUAUUCUGCAGAAAAGCCAAAUAUUCCUGAAACUGGAGUUUCAGUUUGGACUAUUAGGACUCUUGCUUUCUGUUUUAUCCUGAGAAGUAGAAAGAAAAAAAACAGAUCGGUUAUGGUGACUGUACCACUUCUGUGUAUUCUUUCAUGUCUGGUGACUGUUCCCAUGGUCUCUUGCCUAUAGGCAUGCUUUGUGACAUGUGUUUUAAUGUUGUCUUACAAUGCACAAACACGCCAUACACAAUUCUACUGUCCCAUGCUAAACAUGAAAAAAAUGGGUAAUUUUCCUCAUAUGGUUUUAAAACAUAACUGUUGCUAUUCUUAUUCAAUCCGAUAAGCUGCAGUGGAUGUUUAAUAACUCUGUUUGAAUAGUAGGCAUUAUUAUUUUUUCUUACAGCUGUUACUAUAUUUAAGCACUUAUUUAUGCAUUCCACAGCCUAUCUUUAUUUUCCCAGCUGCAACUCUCAUGCUGUGAGUCACUGACAGAUUUCACUGCUCUAAUUGGUUGAUUGCAGCACAAGGCAGCAAUAUGCAGUGCACUACUGACACACAACAUGGCUGAGUUAUCUGCAGGAGUUUGGUUAAGGAAGCAUACUAAUAUGUCAUUUAUAUAAAAAUCCAAGAAAAAAAAAAAAGAAAACUGUUUAUAUCUAUGACACUUUCCCUUUAAAGUCUUUGUUGUUGAAAUUUUUUUUGCAGGCUUUUGCCACUUCUUUACAUAGAUCUGGAUAAAGCAUAAUUCUCCCUGUUACUUUGUGUUAAGUAGGAAUAUUCCUACUUUGGGUGGAUUUGUGCAAAUAACCUUGCUGUGAACUGGCUGUUAGGUAGAUGCUGUUUCUUCUUGGAUGAGUUAAUAGUGUCCAUAGAACUAUAGACUUCACAGGGAUGGAAUGGGCAUUGUAAGUCAGUAGAUGCUGGCAGCCCUGGGUUACAUACAUGUAAUGUUAAUGUCAGCAGUUUGGCAUCAGUGCACUGGGGAGGUUAGGGGGGCAGUGUUUUAAAGAUGGAGUAAAGUUAAAAAAAGUAUAUAAAAUUGCCCGGAGUGCUCUUCUGAGCAUUUUUGCAAUGUACAGUAAUGAUUCUCUUUAGUUUCAUGAUAUUUGUAGUUAACCCUGCUUUUUUUGCUUUUUUUUUUACUUUACUUUUAAGCCGUUAUUCAUUGUGGCACUUAUCUUUGUGUGCUUAUUGUAAAGUGUAAUAGAACAUAAAUGCUGCUUUGAUGUUGAAUCUAAAGUAUUCCAUUACAGACAACUGACUGGGGCAUGUUUGAGUUUUCACUUCAAAUUAACUUCUGUUUGUUUUCAUGUAAUUAGUUCUCAUGUGACGGCUGUAUUCCUAGAUGACAUUUAUUUGGCUCCUCUGUUCACAGUGUUCAUAGAGAAUUUUUUCUACAAUUUAUAAAUGUAACAUUUUAAACCUUCACACAACAAUCCUACCAAUUUCCGUUUAUUUUUAAAAUUCUGUGAUAAUAAGCAAAUAAACAGUCCAGGGAACCUUAAGAAAUCCAGCAAUAUCAGUACAAACAGACACAAAUGGCUUGAGUGAAAUACUAAUGACAAAUUAGUGACAGACUGCAACUUGCUAAUGAUAUUUACUGGUUAUUUUUCUGCAGCCAAUACAGAAUGCAGUUGACUGUACUUCUUCAUAAAUACAUUAGUCCAGGAAGGACACCAAUUAUAAUGGAGCUGAAUGUAAUUCCAGACUUUUCUGCAGACAAAGCUGAGAGGCUUGAUUUCCCAUUAGUGGAGAUUUUUACUCCAGGAAACCAUAGGGUUUAGUGUAUACAGGCCUACCCUGAAGCGUUCGUGUCCAUUUGUACCUGAUUCUCCUGCAUUGAUUAAGGGCCUUCCACCAGAAACACAAGUCCUAAGGUUGUUCAGAUGUAAUAGUUUGUGAUCUUGUUUUCUACCAUGUUUUUCUAACCUUUUGUGGUUCUAGCUGUGUGCAUACUGUUCUAAGUGUCACAUACCUGAUAUUACUGAGAAUGGUGCUAACAUUUUGUCUAUCAUGUAUCUUGAGAAGCUGGUUCAAGAGUGAAGAGCGUCAUUGAGAGUUGGAUAAAAGCUCUCCCAUUUCCUGCGGCACCUGUCCAGCUGGAGUGUUCUCAGACUCUGAUCAAGAGACCCCUUAGAAUAAGAUUGUAGAGUUAUACCAGUUUCGCUGUUGCCACCCAGAACCCCCAAUUGCCUACAGCACGCUUCAUUCUUGUUUCUACCACCGGCCCUUGUGAGCUGUAUAAAUGUGAUAUUUGCUGCACAAUGUUGCUUGUGUUGUAAUGUUGGUGUUCUACAUAUUCAGUUGUGUGUGUUGGAAAUCCCAAGGGCUCCAGAUAUUUUACCAAAAAUAUUUGUAAAAUAUAAAAAAAGAAACUCUGCGGAAGCAGCAAAACGUUGGACUGGAGCUUAGUGCUUUUCACUUUAAAAUGUUCAUUUUUGUGACAGUUUUUCUGUUAUUAUAUCUGGUAAAAUCUGCCAUACAAGCAAGUAUUGAUAGCUGAAAGCAAAAUUACUAUAUUUGCAUGUAUCAGACUAUCACUACAAAGUACUGUAUCGGUCCACAAGAAAAUCAAGUUGUUUGUAGCUGGUGAUAUGAUUGUUCUUGGCUUAUUAUGUACAAAAAUCUCAACAUCAAAAGUAGUGAUCCCUGAGUGGCUCUAGGGAAUCUUGAGAACAUUUAGGGCUAGAUGUAUGAUUUUGCCUUUGGGCUCCAGUAAUAAUAAAAGAAACUCUGUGAGUUAAGGGAACUCACGUGGGGCUUCAGGCAAAAAUAUCUUGUUAGUUGGGUGUUUUUCUGAGUGGGCUUCUUAAAGAAAUAAAAAUGCAAAGUUCAAAAGCCCAUUUGGGGCAGAAACACUGCGAGUUCCUUAACACGUGUCCCUUUAAUUGCUCUAUUUGAAAGGCAAGAGAAAUCAUAAAUCUGCCCAUUAGACUCUUCUUCAGCCCAUCUGUGAUUUUAGUUAUGGCCCUUAUUUGGCCACCUUCCUACAAUAGAGUGCAUGCUCUUUGGCGCAGGGUGCUAGCCUGCUGGUAUGUCGGCACGUGUAGCUGCACAACUGUGAAAGUGCAUACAUGAGCAGUGAAAUGAUACGAUGAAUAAUAUAAUAGCAAAACCUGGGCAUUAACUUGUUAUUUAGCUCAAACAUUUAAGAUUUUUCUUCAUGUGCUACUGCAUAUAUGAUAUUUUAUAAUUGAUAGGAUGCGAUAAUGAAAUUCAUGUUUUGUUUUCACAUGUAGCUUUGCAAAUUCAGUGCAAAUGUCUAACUGUUGCACUGCCAGAAAGGAGCUUGCGAAACAGUGAGGAGCAACCGAUUGUUGGUUCCUGCUAAAGAGCUGAGACCAAUCCAUGCAGUAUUUAAUGUACUUUGUAGUGUCAAUUUUAGAAAUAUCAAAUUCCAAGCUGCAUUUCCGGAACUGAACGAUGUACUGUAACGUAGUUAUAUGACCACUGUUGCCUGCAAAAACUCAAAAAAAAAAAAAAAACUCAAUAAAGACUUGGUUUAGGCUGUAUAAUCCCCAGCUGCUGGCAGGGAGCCUCUGCAGAGCCCUCCAGUAACCGAGGAGAUCACUUGUCUGCUCUUAUUUUCUUUUAACUAUUUCUGAAUGUAUGCACCUAUGAUUUCACUAGUAUGGGUACUUUUGUCAAGCUAGGGUGAAUGGAUUUGUCAAAUUCUCUCAUGUAUUUUCAAGUGUACGGUUAAUAAUAUGCAUCUAAUCGGGAAUGGAUGAAUGAAUGAGCCAGUAUAUGGUGAAUGUUACAACUAGAAAGAAUUGCUACAGAUGGAAAGUAUGAUUAUGGCUAUGUUUGUAAGUGUAACACACUGUUAGCUACUCAAUGGCAAAAGGAACACAACAUAUUUCAAUGUUAUGUGUUAAUACCUUUUAAAUAAACAGCGUUACACAAUA